AUGUUAUCAGGACAGCUCUACAAACGAACAGUUGAUGGACCCCUCCUGAAGUGCUUAGACGAGGAGAGAGCCCUAUAUGUCAUGCGAGAGAUUCAUGCGAGAGUGCUUAGAAAGGAUAGUGCAAGGAGCUUAAGAUCGCACAGCACUUCACAGCAGUUGCGAACCCGCAAGCCCAUGGACAAACAGAGAACAACACCUCGAACCGCAACAGGGGAGACGCCAUUCUGCUUAGUAUAUGGAACGGAAGCUAUCAUUCCAGCAGAGAUCGGUGAAGAGUCCCAGAGGGUGGCGAUGUACGAUCCCGAAGCUAACCAACAGGAGCGAAGCUUUGAUCUCACUUUGAUCGAGGAAAAGAGAGACGCGGCGUACGCAAGGAUUCUGCACCACAAGGGAUUGAUGAUGAGAAGCCAGGGUCGAAGAGUUCGACCGCGACAGCUCCAGGUGGGGGAUCUCGUGCUCAAAAAGGUCGAAGUCUCAAAGCACGUAGGCAAACUAGAACCUCCGUGGGAGGGGCCGUUCAAAGUAGUGGAGAUAAAAAAGAAAGGGACGUAUAGGCUGCAGGACAUGCAGGGGCGGAAUUUGCCACGACCGUGGAACAUCCAGAACUUAAAAAGGUUCUACGCUUAA